AACGGCAGGAGGGACCUACCCUCACACAGCCCGACCUCUCCGCGCGCGGAGGCGUGCGGACCGCAGCCCAGCUCCCAGCCAGCCCCGCCGAGCCCCGCGGACCCCCGCAGCCUCGGGCAGCCAUGGAGGAGCUGACGGCUUUUGUAUCCAAAUCCUUUGACCAGAAAACCAAGGAGGGCGGCGGCGGCGGCGGUGGCGGCGGCGGCGGCGGCGGCGGAGGCGGCGGGAAGAAGGAUUCGAUCACGUACCGGGAAGUUUUGGAGAGCGGACUGGCGCGCUCCCGGGAGCUGGGGAGCUCGGAAUCGAGUCUGCAGGACAUUACGGAGGGCAGCGGUCACUGUCCAGUGCAUUUGUUUAAGGACCACGUGGACAACGACAAGGACAAACUGAAAGAGUUCGGCACGAGCAGGGCUUCGGAAGGUAUCUACGAGUGCAAGGAGAAGCGCGAGGACGUCAAGUCCGAGGACGAGGACGGGCAGACGAAGCUGAAACAGAGGCGCAGCCGCACCAACUUCACGUUGGAGCAACUGAACGAGCUGGAGCGGCUCUUCGACGAGACGCACUACCCCGACGCCUUCAUGCGCGAGGAGCUCAGCCAGCGCCUGGGGCUCUCGGAGGCGCGCGUGCAGGUCUGGUUCCAGAACCGGAGAGCCAAGUGCCGCAAGCAAGAGAACCAGAUGCAUAAAGGCGUCAUCCUGGGCACGGCCAGCCACCUGGACGCCUGCAGGGUGGCGCCCUACGUGAACAUGGGCGCCCUGCGGAUGCCUUUCCAACAGGUCCAGGCGCAGCUGCAGCUGGAAGGCGUGGCGCACGCGCACCCGCACCUGCACCCGCACCUGGCGGCGCACGCGCCCUACCUGAUGUUCCCGCCGCCGCCCUUCGGGUUGCCCAUCGCGUCGCUGGCCGAGUCGGCGUCGGCCGCUGCCGUCGUGGCCGCCGCGGCCAAGAGCAACAGUAAAAACUCCAGCAUCGCCGACCUGCGGCUGAAGGCGCGCAAACACGCUGAAGCCUUGGGGCUCUGACCCCGCGGCCGCGCGGCCCUGCUCCCGCCCCGGCCCCGCGACCCCGCCCGCGCUGCGCCCUGCACGCGAUCCCUUCGCGCCCCCCCCCCCCGCGCGGCCCCACGGACGCCUGGACUCCCCGCAGCGAGGGCGCGGGACCUGGCGCAGAGGCGGGGGCCUCGCCCUGAAUAGCCCGGGGGCCCGCGUUUGGCCGGGGCUCGGUGGCCUCUCUCCACCGGAACGCACGACCCCGCUGGACCUUGGCAGAGACUGCGCAGGAGAGCGAGCAGGUGAUGUGAGGCCACCACCCCAGCCCCCGCCGAUGUGGAGCUCCCGCGCGCUGCUCUCCUGCUCUACCCCCUGCAUGCGGCCUCGUCCAGCCUUUCCAAGAUCUUCCAGUCCGUUACCCAAAAAGCCCGGGGCUGGUCUCCACCGAGGACGCCAGGUCUUGGUCUCCAGCAGCGGCGUUCACGGCCACGAACUCCUGUCCUCCGAUGCGUGCGGGACCCGUGUGGAUUUGUGUGGACGGUCCCAGCCCAGGCCGGGGUCUGCUCACCGCCCGCCCCUGCCCUGAAGGCAGCAAUAACAAAACGCAUCUGGGACCUCGCCCGGGUGUCCAGGUGGGGGCUGUGCUGGGGACCCGCAUGGUGAGCCUAGUCUUCCUGUUCCGGUCGGGUCCCCAAGCGCCGAGCUGAGGAUUCCACGUGCCAUAGAAGAGGCGACUUUCUAAGUCUCCCCCCAAGGGACAUCCUUUGCUGUCGUACUGAGUUCAGAAUCCCAGGACUUGCGGAGAGACGGCCCCCCACCCCCCGCCCCGGGGUGCCGGGCACGGACGAGGCGGUACUGACUUGAGGGAAAUGCAGUUACAUGCAGUGAAGUGCAAUACUGUAAAUACGAUAGAGUUUAAAAGAAACGAGCCGUGCACUCUUGACCGGUCAGCUUCGGACGCGGAGGGGCGCCGGCUCCGCUGCCCACCGUGGGCCUGGCCGGCUGGGGCCCUCCCCGGAACGACAGGCUGCAGGGGGCUCCGGGGCAACGCCACCGGCGGGGUCGGGCCAGUAUGUGACGCAGGUGGCAGAGCUGUUUCCCGAGUGGGAAGGGCACCGAGCGGCCUGGUGGGCAGUGAGGGGUAAGGUGCCCCGU